AUGAAAUUUCGAUUUUGUGGGGAUCUUGAUUGCCCAGAUUGGGUCCUGGCUGAGAUCAAUGUUUUAUCAAAACUGACUUCAGUGAAGAUGCGGCUUCUCUGUUCUCAAGUGAUACAAAAUAUCCUGGGAUCCAAGAUUGAUUAUGAAAAAGUACACAAACUUACAGCUGAUGCAAAAUUUGAUGUUGGAGACAUAAAGGCUAGUAUUGUGGCUUUAACAUUUAUCAUCACCAGUGCUGCUAAACACGAUGUCGACAGUGAUACGCUGUCUAAUGAAAUGCAGCAACUUGGUCUCCCAAAAGAACAUUCUGUACCAUUGUGCAAAUUGUAUGGUGAUAACUUUAUCAAAUGUCAGGACCAGUUAAGAAAGCAAACUUUAAGACUGUCCUAUUUUGAUUCUGUAAAAUGGCGAGUGGAUUAUGUCAUAAGUUCAAGUUCUUUAAAGAAUGUGACUGAACCCUGUGUCAAGAUCUGCUUCAAGGUGCGUGAAAACGACUCUGGGACACCACAAUCUGUGGCAUUCACUUUAUCUGCUGAAAAAUUCCGUGUUUUCCUCAAUGAAUUGAAACAAGCUGAUUCUGUAAUGGACACUCUAAAUGCAAUGUGA